GGACGUGCAGUCAGUCUGCUGCUAAGUCUCUGGAGGUAGCUUGUAGGGAGCUAGCCAUGAGCUAACAAGUAGCUAGCUGAGUCUUCUCAUCUUGCCACCAUAAUUCAACCUUUGUCAGACGUCGUGCCAAGGUGAACACCAUUUAAUUUACAGGAAUUAUCAUUCGGCCUCCUGUUGCAGCUGGAUUUUACCAUCUUCAUUUCACAAUCCUUCCCUCCCGCACCACUUUGAACUUUCUACCUUUCACACUCGGAUCUCCUGGUACACAGAGCCAUGGCAGCUGCAAAGCCAAAAGGGCAGAACUCUCUAGCCCUUCACAAAGUGAUAAUGGUGGGCAGUGGAGGAGUGGGGAAAUCAGCCCUGACGCUCCAGUUCAUGUAUGAUGAGUUUGUUGAAGACUACGAGCCCACCAAAGCAGACAGCUACAGGAAGAAAGUGGUGCUGGACGGAGAGGAGGUACAGAUUGACAUCCUCGACACAGCUGGACAGGAGGACUAUGCAGCGAUCCGGGAUAACUACUUCCGCAGCGGCGAGGGUUUUCUCUGUGUGUUCUCCAUCACUGAGCUGGAAUCAUUUGCAGCAACAGUAGACUUCAGAGAGCAGAUUCUGCGAGUGAAGGAGGAUGAGAACGUGCCCUUUCUCUUGGUUGGUAACAAGUCCGAUUUGGACGACCGACGGCAGGUCAGCGCAGACGAGGCAAAGGCACGUGCUGAGCAGUGGGGCGUGUGCUAUGUGGAGACCUCUGCCAAAACCCGUGCCAAUGUUGACAAGGUGUUCUUUGACCUGAUGAGAGAGAUCCGGGCGAGGAAAAUGGAGGACAGCAAAGAGAAGAAUGGCAAGAAGAAAAGCAAAAGUUUGGCCAAGAGAAUUAGAGAGAGAUGCUGCAUUUUAUAGUGGAAACAGCGAGCAGGAUGGCUGCUUAUGUACAUAUACAUUUCUCAGACUUUUGCAUUUAUUUUGUGCCCAUACCUGACCAUGACUUUCUGUUCCUGGCUAACAGGACAUCUGACCGUGUGUCAGGGAGUAGUAAGGUGGCACUCCAUACACCAUUUAUAGCUCUAACUUUUUAUGUGCUGACACUCCAAAUAAUUUAUGUUCUCUCUCUCUCUCUCUUACUCUGACCACAUUACAGAGUUUAAUAGAUGGAUGGUGUUAAAUAUAGGCCUAAGCUUGACAAGAGGCUAAGCCCUGAAAUGUUACAAAACCUGUCAUUGUAAAGUUUGAUGUGUAUAAUAUAUUCAGAAAACUGUGCAGUUUAAAAGGAAAGCUUAAGUGUCAGAGCCAAGGUUUUAAAAUUGGGGAAAUUGUAACUGGAGCUUGGGAAGGAAAUGUAAGUGAACAGACUCGAAAGUGUAGUGUCAACCCAUUCAUCAAGUGCCACCAAGAAAAUGUACGUUGCACUGGUGAAUCUAUGAAGCAUUUUAAUUGAAGAAUUGUUAUUAAGAGCCGGGAUUUUAUGCCAUUUCUAUUUGUUGUUUUACACCUCAAUUUUGCCACCUGGUAAGGUUAUGAACACUUAUUAUUUAAUCUGUGAAGUCAAACUUUUUCUUUCUUUCCUUGUCCUCUAUCCUAUCCUUUUAUUGUAAUUUAAGAGCACUAAUGUUUCCAUUUUCUUUCCUCUUUGCGUCACUUUGUUGAGUCCUCUCAAAUGCACGCACAGCAUUAAUCACUACCCUUAAAUCUGUGAGGGAUUUUACAACACUUGAACCUUUUUCAAUUAUAACAUUUCAGAAGUUUUACCUCACUCGGCCAAUGACUUUCAUUGCCCUUUUUGUUGUUGUUGUUGUUGUUGCUGCGAUAAAGGAAUCCCUGGUGCUCCGAUAAAAGGCGAUUCCAUGACCCUACAUCCUUUCCAUGCUGUUUUUAAACACCUCUUAUGGUUGAUAGAAUAAAUUGCUUCCAAUCAUGUAAAGAUUUAUUUAGCCAAUUUUACUUUUCCUAACUCAGCCUUUUAAUCACCAACCUUGUAGUCCCCUAGUUUUUUGUUUUACUCAAAUGUAUAUUUUAAAAGCGACUCAACUGGAAAUAAAAUAACGGCUAGAUAAAUUUUAAGUCAUUUAAAAAUCAAAAACGAAUGCAGACUUCAUAGAAGUACGGUGAUACCUGUCUACUGAAGUUGAUCUCAGUCACCAAAGAAAAUUGCCAGCUAGUACAAACAAGUGCCCAUUCGUUAAUGGAAGUAAAUGAUAACUUGUUAUAGUGAGCAUCAAAAGGAAGCACUGCAGUGUUCAUUUCAAAUCUACCUUUUGUAAAACUAAUGGAGGCAAAAGUUGAGGAACUUUAAAGAAUUUCAUUGUGAAUGGCCUGGGGAAAUAUUAAGUUACGAGGUAUUUAGUAAUUCAUGUGCAGUGCAUCACUGUUGCAUCUCUUUGCAUUGUGAAUGUGAACCCUCCUGCCAUACCCAUCCUAUUUGCCUGUAAUCUUAGCCUGCAAAUGAUGUGCAGAGACUAGAGGUCAUUGACAUUCUACUUUGUUUACCUUUGUUCCAUUUUGUGCAAGGCUAAACCCGAUGUUAUAAAGCUGAAGUAACAUCUUAAUGAACUACCUGAUUAAUGAAUUUCCACUUGCUCCUCGUGCAGUCGUUUUACAGGCAGGUGAGGAGUGAAGCAUUGUAAACAAAUUGGCAAAAUGACCCAGCUAUAAAUGAUUAACAGCUAAAUUGCAAAGACCAAAACACACUGUGAAAUCUGACCCCAUCUCCCCCCUCCCAUUUUCUUAGUUCCCUUUAUGACUGAGCCACUAUUUUUUUUUUCUUUUAACUUAUAUUAAAUAACUUAUUAUUAUUUUAUUUUUUAAAGUCAGACCACCUUCCAGAGGUUGUUCACUCUGCUCCAGUUUAAAGAGUAAAUGUACAGCAACAGCUCAAUAUCACAUAAAAGGAUUUCCUCAACCAAUAGGAUGCCCGACGCUGGAGUCUAUGCAAAAUAAAAUGAUUGUUGUAAAUGCAAAGAGGAAGAGAAUAUGAAACUUGGGAACAAAUCAAAACGGUGUCAGUGAGUGCACUGAACGUUUGAGUUCCGAGAUCUGAACCCAGCUCAGAAAACCCAGCAUCAUUCAAACAUUGUUUUACUUAACAUCGUCUCAUUGAUUCCCCGAGUGAAUACACGAACACUAAAUAAUCCCCGGCUUUGUUUUGUCACAUAUUGCAGUGUGUUAAUUGUACAAAAAAACAACAACGCAGUAAUGCAAAACAUGUCUGUCUGGUAUGUCUUGCUAACUGAAAAGCACACAGUAGAGAGAGUUAGAGUUUAAAGAUACGUGAGGCAGACCCAAAAUGUUUGGAACUCCUGGCAUCAGAAUGUUUAGAAAGUAGUUUUGGGUGAAUAUUUUUUUAAGGGCUAACCUCCAGUACACCGUACCAUGAAACACACCUGAAAGUUAAAGUGGCAGGCACUUAAAUCUUGUUAUGGCAUACCUUCCUCAGCUUACGGCCAUUACAUUAACUGCUUUGUGUCUUCAUCGUUGAGGAUUGCAGAAGCCACUAUGCUUAAAGUGACCACCACAGUGCUUGCUAUACUCUUAUCAUUGCUGUAACAGGCUAAUAUUGUUUCAGUGCUUUUUUUCAGAAGAAAAAAAUAUUCAUAAUUCUAUUCUUUGUCUUCAUGUUAAUAGACUUGAUGACCCAAAUAUGUUCAGCGGGAUUUAAGAAGUGAUACUAAAACAGAUUAUUUGUGGGAAAGCUAACUGUCCUCAAAUAACUUGUUUUGCCUUUUAUAUAAAUACCCUUGGAAUAAAGAACAGACAUCUAUGUAUUUGAUUGGAUGGUUGUAUGUAUGCCAUCAAUUAAAUGUUUCCUUCAUGUUUACUUACUUUGAACAUGUACAUAGCCACUAAUGUAGCCUAUCUGUUAGUGAAUGCCAGAGGUGACGCUUACAUUUCAAUUAAAUUUUUUUUUGUGUGAGUUAUUUGGAAAUGGCAAAUAAAGUGGAUAUUACUAAUAGCA